AUGUCGCACUCAAAUUUACUUCUUGAUCCUCUUCUUUUGCAAGAAGACGAGCGAACCAGGAAGACUGGCAGCUCCUCGCAAAGAGCCUCUUCAAUGAUGCCAGGAAUUCCUUUUAUCGAGCAGAAAGUUCCCUUUAUCAAGAAAGAGCAAGAAGAGGAACUUGUUUACCACCCGGUUUCAACACAACUUGGUGACACGCCAGAGUUAAAAUAUGAAGACGGUCAUAAAUUUGGUUCUUGCUCAUCUCUUUCUGCCGAGGAACAUGAUGCCAGAAACAACAAUCCAGACCAUCUUUCAUCUUAUAAACAAGAUCGCAAGUCUACGAGAAUGCCACAGAAUUUACCACCCGCGCAAUCUGGAUCCUUCAAAUCACCCGAAGAAUACGAUCAGUAUGUUGGAGAUCUAACUUCGCUGCAAAAAUAUCAGCCUGGCGCCUCAGAUCAUCUCCGGCCUUCAUCGCCACAAGCAAGUAUACAAACUGGAGACUCCGAGUCCUUUCCACCAUCAACAGGCUUGCAACCUGUAAGCUCUGAUUCCAAUCGACCUUCUGAUGAUAUUUAUUACGAUGCUGGAGGUGUAUCCCAAGCACAACCUCACCAAUAUCAAUUGACUCACGACCAAUCUCCUGGCGGUCAAACUCUUCCUAUCCAACACUCUAUCAAUGAAAAUGUUGUUGAUAAUCAAUACUACAGCAGCCAGGCCUUUGAUAGUCCACCAGUUUCUCAAGCCCCCGAGCCUGGUCUUGAUCUUGACGAAUACCCAGAGUUACAACCAGGAGUUAUCACCAUGAAUCUCCCCACACCAGCUACAAUUCAAGAAGUCGAAUUCUUGCAAUCCUGGAUUCCGAGAAACAAACUAGACAUCGAAAAUUUCUAUGCUGCUAGGCCUGGACUGAAUCAACCUGGUCUCGAAAACUCUUCAAAGCAGGAUCAAGUAGAUACUGUCAUGAGACACAUGUUAGCUGAGCAUGGAGCUAUCAUUGAUGAGAGACAAAGUAUUCAUGGCCGAUAUGAUCAACUUGGCGCAGUUCUGAUCGGUCAAUUCCGAUUACAGAACCCGGAGCAUGCCUUCGAGCUCCAGCGCCAAGGAGAUCUUGCCUUCUUACCAUCUGCCACCUCUCAAACUCUUUCAUACCCUUCCAGGACCCCUCAUUCAGGUCUUCGCCACCAUAGUAAUCUACCUCGCCAUAACAAUUACGAAGAAAUUGGUGGUCCAGACGUAGAGACGGUAAAGCAAUGGGGCGGAAUCAGAAAUCAAAUCAACAACAAAGGUGUCUACCACGAAGUCUUGCACCGUAGACGUACGACUCUCGGUGCCAAAUACCACCCUGAAACUAAGCAAAUGAUGGCCUUACCUUAUUCGACUGGCGAAAAUCUGACCGAUCGAGAUAUCCUCCAAUUAGCAAGAUUGAGUCCUUUCCAAAGACAUUUACGCGCUUCAAAAUUUUUCAACGAGCGAGGAGAGUUCUACACUCGUCAUAAACGCUUCACGGAGAUGUCGGAUGCACGUCUUAGACGCGAGGGCUUGUUGCGUUCGUGGAUUCCGAGAAAGGCGGGGGAUCGUCCCCAUAACAGCGUAGAGCGUGCGGCGCGGGCGGCACAGUUGGGGUUGACGGGUGAUGAUAAGCUGAUUGCUGAUGCAGCCGCAGAGAGACUUCGUCGAGCUGCGGCAGAAAAAAAGUUGAGAGAGUCAAAGGCAGCAUAA